CAUACAAUGGCAUAUGAUUAUGUAAAGAUUGACAUCGCCGAAUUCCGAUGGUAUGCUAAAACAGGGAACUUCAACAAAUGUGAAAGCCUCCUAAACAAGAAUCCGAAUUUGUUGAUUCAAAAGAACAGAGAUGGCGAAGAAACACUCCUUCAUGCCAUAGCAAGAUAUUCCAAGGACGAAAGGAUCGCUCGCAUGGUAUUUUCUCGCCAAGAAGUAGAUGUAAAUGCAUGUGAUUAUUGGGGCCAGACACCAUUGCAUCUUGCUACCCAAGUACAAAACAUAUCCGUCAUGAAAUGGCUAUUAAAAGCGAGAAAAAUAAAUGUCAACAUCAAGGAUGCAAAUGGUUAUAAUCCUCUACAUGUGCUCGUACUUUCAGAAGAUGAGGAGAAUAAGCGCGUCUCGGAUACUGAGGCUGAUACUAAAGAAAUCACUGACAGAUGGAAAGAAGGAAUUCAGCUUCUUGUUGAAGCAAAUGCAGACAUAAAUGCGAUAACAAAUAAUGGGCAAAACAUCCUUCAUCUUGCUGCAUCUAAACCUUGUGCAGAAAGAUUUGUCGUCUACAUUCUUGUACAUUAUCCUGCGGUAGAAUGGUCAGCGACUGACGCGUCAGGGGAGAAUUUUCUACAUAUUCUAUUUGACAACAUAACCUACGAGAAUGAAGUAUUGGAAGAUAUUUUACCAAAACUCGGCAAAUACAUUGGAAAUGAAACAGUUUUAAAAAACAUGUUCAACCAGAAAGACGUUCUUGGUGUACCUCCGUGGUUUACUUUGGUAAAAGAGCAAAAGUACUUUAUUGAAGAUAAAACUGAUUGCCUGGAAACGAUUUUCAUACAAUACAAAGCUUCUAUUAAUGAAACAGAUAAUCUGGGAAACACAGUUCUCCAUAGACUUCUUGGAGGUUUUGGAAGCAGUGAUGUUUGGAAACUUAUUGGCUGUUUGCUCAAACAUAAUCUUGACGUUAAUGCAAGGAACGUUUUUGGCGAGGAAGCUAUUUCUGAAUUGCAUAUGGACGAAGCGUUUGAAAUACUUAAGCUGCAAAAUUGUGACUUUAAAAAUAGGAACAGAUGGGGAAGAAUGCCAUUUCAGUGUAUUAUGAAUCUAUAUCCGAGCCCAAAAUUCAUUGAAAGAAUGUUAAGUGAGCAUUGUGUUGAGCUAGAUUCUCAAGACAUGUAUGAAUCUACAGCCUUGCAUUUUGCUGCGUACAAAGGCAACGAAGAGCAUGUCAAGUUGCUUAUGGAAUACGGUGCAAACGUAGACUUAGUUGAUAGCAUGAAAGAUACACCCAUAGAAACUGCAAAACGCCAUGGAAAUUUCAAAUGCAUGAAACUUAUUUUCGAAACUGAAAACUUAUAUGUAAGAGAAAAUAAGAAGACAUUUCCACUUUAUAAAGCCUCAAAUGAAAUUUCCCUCUCAAGAUUGUUAGACAAUCCAAAUUUAAAGGAACACUUGGAAAAUUUCCCAAACGAUUUUAAACGAUAUAGCGAAUAUUUGCUUAAAGCCAGACGCACAUGCACACUUGCUAGUCCGUCUGAGGAGCAUGCGGAGGAUAACGACGUAAUUGCAGCAGUGCGGCACCAUAUCGAACAAAUUUGUCAAUACGUCAACGAGUACGAUUCUAGAUUUAGAAUGACCGUAUUUCCUACCGGAAGUACAGUAGAAGGUACGAAGGUUGGCCGUCCUGAUGAGUUCGACUUCGUUUUAUGCCUCGAAGCACUAAGUAGAUAUUGUGUGAUUAAAUCACCACAGCCAUAUAGUCCAGCGCAUGCUCUUUUGCAAUUCAAAGAUAAGCCGGUUCCAGAAGGUUUCAUAUCAUUUUCUGAUCCAGAAGGCUACUUCCAAGCUCUUCCUUUUCUGAAAUACCUUUUCAGAUACAUUAAAAGAGCCCUCGGCGAGAGAAAAUUGUGGGAAAAGGGAAAUCUUUCUUGUAGGUAUUAUUGUAAGUACUGGGAUACUCUACACGUGAUUCCAGAAAAACCGGUGUUCAACUUUAAAAUGUAUUGGAUAGGAUCAAAGUACAAGCAAAUAGAGCUCAGCAUAGAUCUUGUUCCUGCUGUCUACAAGCGCGGAUGGUGGCCGGCGAAAGCCUGUCUGGAGACUAUGAGACUUGUCUCUGACCGUGUAAAGGAUGAGGGCUGCUUCUUAUUGUUACAAGUCGAUAGCAAUGAAUUUAACGAUAAGUGGUGUGCCAUGAAUAAUGUCAGGAAUGACAGUGUCGGUUACACGCUAAACAUCUGUCAGGGAACUCGCGCAAAUAAAAUGCUACGCAUUUCAGUCGCACCAGCCGAAAUAUCUCUAAUGAAGUCUCUACCAGAGAUUUACCGCCAAGCCUAUGCACUUUCAAAGAUUGUUAAAAGUGUUGAAAUUUGCCCCUCUGUUCGCAUCGAUACGACUCCAAUGAAUUUCCAUAACUUUGUAAAGGCCGAAAAUACAAUAGUGGAUCCAACUGAUGACUUAAAAAGUUACUGGCUUAAAAAUUGCACAUUUCUUGUGGCUGAAGACUUGGGAUUAGAUAUUUCUGAAACAAUAACACCUUUAGAAAUUACUACAUUGAUAUACAAAAAGUUAGCUGAAUUGUCAAAGUCAUGGUCUCUGAAACCUUAUUUGUUACCACAAGUACGUCUGCUAGAGUAUGGAUCAAAGGAUAUCUACGCACUCAGGGAUAAAUACAGCAUACUGUUAAAACGAAAAGUCUGUCUAGAUGUUGUCCUCGGAAUACUAGGUGAACCGUUACCGCAGCAAGAAAAGGAUUAUAUAAAAUGGGCUGACGAGAGUUUACAGAUAGAAGAAACAAUUCAACAGUCUUUAAACCCGAAGUUUUCAAUAGAUAUAAACACUGUUUUUUUUUAAUUGGUUAGAUUGAUUUGGAGUAAAAUAGUGUUUGUCUCCCAAAAUUUGACCUUGAAACUAAAAUAUUUGCGUAUGGACAUUGCCCUACAAAUAAUAGAGUGACGAUCUGUUUAAAAAUAGCAAACAACGUUGUGUAGUAAAAGCUAAAAUAUAUCAUUUGCCUAAAGUGCAAGAAGGGUUAUGAAUUUAUUUAUUUAUUUAUUUAUUUAUUUAUUUGUUUAUUUGAGAUAUAGCAAGGAUGCAUAAAAAUGUAAUUUGUUUGGUUUAAACAGUAUUUUCUUCAUAAAAUGCAAACAUAUACAAUUAUGAUACAAUUAUGACAAAACAAUAUUAUAUAAAACAGGAUUGAAAUUUGUUUUAUAGUCUAUUUAGUAAUGUAAGGAUAUUUUGAUUUUCUAACAGUUAAUCACGAUAGAGGGGUGAACAUUUGUAUGCACAGCUACUUAUAGUAUAGAGUUAUUGAUAGACGAAAUAGACCUAGGUUGUUGUGGUAGUUUUUACAAUUGAUUUAGUGGAAUAAAAUCAAGUUUUAACUUUUGGCUUAC